AUGUGGAUGUUGAUAUGUUUCUUUCUUCCGGCUCUAUUAUUUUGCCUAUGCGCAUUUAUUGCUUGGCUACGAGUACUACGUCUUAACAGAAGAAGAGAAAAAAGGGAACGAUGCAACAAACACAACGAUGGAAAACGAAUGAAACACUGCUACUCUCCAGCAUCAGCAGCUGAUGAAUCCGAAUUGGAUGCGUUUGAAGAGGAGCUGGAGGAAGUGAUCCGCAACAAGAAGUCCUUCUACAAAUUCGUUAUCGGAGACUUCAACCCAAAACUAGGAAAGGACACAGAAGAGAAAUACAGGAUCGGAAGAUUUGGACUAGGGGACCGGAACGAAAAUGGCAUCUUUCUGGGCUGUUGUCCGCUGCUUUCAUGGGAGUUCUCUUUUUAUGAAGAGAGAUCGCCGUUGGUGGAUAUGAGAAUCGCCCAAUGGCGCGACUCGGGCGGAGAUCAACCGCAUACUAACCAGCCGAAGGUGGUGUCUACUUGA